GCAGUGACGUGAAGCCUUUAAACUGGCGCCAUUUUCUGUGCUCUUUCUCAUUCUGCCGCAGUCGGCGACGCGCUCUGUAACCGUCCUGUGUGUUCGAGAGAAACUGAGGUUAUCAUCAUGUCUGACGAGGGAAAGCUUUUCAUUGGUGGUCUGAGCUAUGAUACCACAGAGCAGUCCUUGGAGGAAGCUUUCUCCAAAUAUGGAACCAUUGCCAAAGUUGAUGUUAUCAGGGACCGUGAAACUGACCGUUCCAGAGGCUUUGGCUUUGUGACUUUUGAAAAUCCAGAGGACGCCAAGGAUGCCAUGGCUGCCAUGAAUGGAAAGUCUGUUGAUGGUCGCAUGAUUCGCGUUGAUGAAGCUGGCAAAUCUGGUGGACGGUCUGGUGGUUUCAGGGGGGGUUCCAGAGGUGGCAGAGGCUUCUUCAGGGGCAGCAGAGGAAGAGGUGGUGGAGGAUAUGGCGGAGACAGAAGCUAUGGUGGUGACAGGAGUUUUGGUGGUGAUCGGAGCUAUGGAGGAGACCGCAGCUAUGGCGGUGGAGAUAGAGGCUAUGGUGGGGGGGAAAGAAGCUAUGGAGGUGGUGACAGAUCCUAUGGCGGUGGUGGAUACUCCAACAGGAGUGGAGGAUACUCCAGCGGCGGUGGAUACAGGGAUAACAGUUGAUUUUAGGAACCAGGGGGGAUACGACCGCUCUGGAGGAUCCUACAGAGACAGUUACGACAGUUACGAAUAAUGCAAGAUGAAAGCCAAACUGCCAUAUUUGAACUUUUGAGAUCAGUCAACUUGGUUGCCCUUACCUUGGAAUUGCUGACCACAAUCCAAAAAGUCAUUUUUCAGUUUUAACCACUAAAGUCGGUUUUGUGCACUUGAUCAAUAGUCAAUAAGUCCUUGUUCGAAAAAGAAUCAUGUCUUGGUAUCAGUUCUGUUUGGAAAGGAUGUUCUCAAUGCUCCAGUGCCUUUACACUCUUGCCUACUUCUUGUCCUCAGCUUCACACGAGUAAAAAAACCCUGAUUGCAAGAUCAUCCCUACGCUGGCUGUAUUUAAAAAGAUGCGCUCUUCGAAGACCUUUUUUAUUUUUUACUUUUUUUGCUUUACGUUGUGUUCCAGUUGAAAUGUUCUAUUAAAGACAGUCCCCUUUUUUUACCCGUCAAGUAUCUGCAGGAUGUUCCUCGUUGAGGAGCUGCAUAAAAUCAAUGAGCAUUCAGUUACUGUAAGAGUUUCAAGCCUGGUGAGGCUACCUGUAUCUGCUAUUUUACCUUGGGAAUUGUUAUAGAUACUCACAGGGGUUUUGAAAUUCUUGUUUCUUUUUUUAGUAUGUGUUUAAGAAACUGUCUCUGAAACCAUGCGUGAAAACUGACCUGUCCAACACAGCCUGAUAGCUUCUAAGACCAAUUUCCUCAAAGAUCUUUGGACCAAUUUCUCACUGGCUCACUGAAACUGCUAGGGGCCUUUUGCAUUUAAAAUAAAUUUUAAAAGCGGCAGCUUCGCCACCUGAAAAAUAUUCUAAUCCGAUCCUCUAAUAGAAGCUUGAUAAGCUGUGAUGUGUUCUUUAUGGCUCUUUGCCACCUCCAUGUUGUGAUGCAUUCCUUUAGUGAAGCAAGGCAGGCAUGUUGCAUUGGAGUUGUCUCCGGCAAACCUCCUUGAUGUUGCUAAAGAUUUGUAAAUACUCCAUUUCAAAGAGUAAACCACUUGGGUUGGAUCAUUAAGCCUCAUGUUAGGACUGAUGACCCAAGGUACUUUACUCUUUGCACAGUCUAAAUUUAUUUUUAAAGUAUGCUCUGCUGUGGACUGAACGUAUCCUCUUAAAUGUCAAUUUUGUGCUCUGUUCUGUAUCAACACCUCAGAAUCCUUUUCUUUUUGUAUUAAAUUGGCUUCAUGAAGCCCAUUAAAAAGUGGUUGGAAAA